AUGGCUGAGCAGAAGUCAUCGUACCUUCGUACCAACGAUCCCUUGACUCCCCCGCGACGGGUUUCUCAACAAAGCGUCCGAUUUGCAGACGCCGACCAAUAUGCUCCUCUGAUUCCCAGCCGACUGCGGGAGACCACACUUCUCUCCCCGGAGGACAAGAUGGCAAGAUCGAAGUCAGAUGAAGAUACAAGUGAAGAGGAAAAUCCGCGCCUUCCUCCGCCGAGUUUGACCGCCGGCGAAAAUACACCUCUCAUCGCUGAGCCUGAGCCUCUCGUGAAUGAGGAAGGGGCCGAUGUCCAAGCAGAAUUACAAGAACCUUCGAGAAAGUCGCUUAAUGAGCGGGAUGCCUUGCUGGGAAAUUAUCACCACAGUCGUAUUUGCGGUCUCAGAGACUGCAACCACGGAACUUUCUCUCCAAGGGCUCCUUCGAUCGACAGUGACGGGAGCGCCAACCUCUCCUUUGGUGGUCGAUACGCUGGCGAGAUUGCCGAGGACGGCAGCUCACAGGAUCAAGUUCGGGGCAUCCUGAGCGAGGUUGUUUCCGACACUCUCGCACCAAGCAAAAGUCUUAGCACAACCAGAUGGCUGGCCGAAAGACAUGGCAUUAAGAGUCACCGGUUCAUGUACUUUUCCUACUAUUUUCCUUUCGUCAAGUGGAUCAGCCAGUACCGAUUGAGUUGGUUUCAGGGGGAUUUGAUCGCGGCUAUCACUGUAGCGUCCGUUUACAUCCCGAUGUCGCUCUCAUACGCUGCGAACCUUGCUCAUGUACCCCCCAUUAAUGGGCUUUAUUCCUUUGUCUUCAGCCCCCUGAUCUAUGCAUUGCUGGGUACUUGCAUGCAGAUGGUUGUUGGACCUGAAGCAGCGGGGUCAUUACUGGUUGGCCAGGUGGUCAAGACAUGCAUUGAGAGGGGGGAGUCUCAAGAUGAUGAUUCUAAGCUCAACGCCGAAAUCGGUGGCGUGGCAACUGCCAUAGCUGGAGCUAUUAUCUUCAGCGCUGGCUUGGCUCGACUUGGAUUUCUCGACAGUGUCCUCAGCCGACCCUUUCUUCGAGGCUUUAUCAGCGCCAUCGGAUUCGUCAUUAUUGUCGACCAAUUGAUUCCCGAGCUGGGUCUCGCCGAAAUUGCUAAGCAAAUGGAUGGCGUCUCGCACGGAAGCUGUGCUCAAAAGCUGGUAUUCCUGGCUAGGAACAUAGGGAACACUCACGCUUUGACAGCCGCUGUUUCUUUUGGAGCUUUUGCCGUCAUUAUGGUUUUCAGAUAUCUCAAGCAGACUCUGCAGCCAAGGCAUCACUGGAUGGCAUACUUCCCCGACCGCUUCAUCGUCGUCACUCUCUCGGCGGUUCUGACUUGGGCCUAUGCCUGGGACAAGCAGGGUCUCGAUGUCCUAGGUGAAGUCAAAUCGUCGGGUGGAACAGCCAUCCCAUUCCACUGGCCCUUCCAGUUUCGGCACAUGAAACAUAUCGACACCGCAUUGAGCACGUCUUUCUUGAUUGCAUUACUAGGGUUUUUUGAAUCUUCGGUCGCCGCAAAAAGCCUAGGAGAAGGGCGUCAAGUGAAGCACAUGACGCUAAGCGCCAACCGAGAAAUGAUUGCCUUGGGCGCUGCCAACAUUGUAGGUGGUGUCUUCAUGGCGCUGCCUGCGUUCGGGGGUUAUGGAAGAAGCAAAGUGAACGCUUCGACCGGAGGCACCACGCCGAUGAGUAGCAUUUUCCUCAGUUUCAUCACCUUGAUGUGUGUCCUGUUUGCGGUUCCCUAUUUCUACUACCUGCCUAAGGGCGUCCUUUCAGCCAUGAUCUCGGUCGUUGCGUAUUCCCUGAUCGAAGAAUGUCCUCACGACAUCAAAUUUUUCUUCAAGAUCAGAGGCUGGACAGAGUUGUCGCUGAUGACAAUUAUCUUUGUGGCUACGGUGUUCUAUUCGUUGUCGGUCGGAAUGGCACUCGGCAUCGGCCUGUCCCUGCUGGCAUUGAUCCGUCACGCAACAAAGCCUAGGAUACAGAUCCUCGGCAAAGUGCCUGGGACCUCGAAUCAAUUCGAAAAUGCGGAACUUACACCAGAGAAUAUUGAGUAUAUUGAAGGUUGUCUGAUCGUCAAGAUCCCCGAACCGCUCACCUUCGCAAACACCGGAGAGUUGAAAAAUCGUCUGAGGCGGUUGGAGCAGUACGGCACUACCGCUGCUCAUCCGUCUCUACCACGAGUGCGCCACGAGGAUAACAACCGCAAUAUCAUAUUUGAUGUGCACGGCGUCACCACGAUCGAUGGAUCUGGAACCCAAGUGUUUGCUGAAAUCGUGGAAGAUUACGUGAAGCGCGGUAUUCGUGUUAUCAUCUGCAGGUUACCCCAAAGACGCAGUCAAGUUUACAAAAGCUUUGAGAGAAGCGGCAUUGUCGACAUGGUUGGCGGGACGAGACACUUUGUGGGUAGUGUUGAGGAAGCAUUAAGGCUGAGCGAGGCAGAGGAUCUGGAGGAGUACUUUGAAGACAGGUUGAAUGGACAUCACGAGCAUCAGCAUUAG